UUAUUGUAUUUUAAAAUUCAAAACUUAUUUAUAUAUUAUAUAAUUUCAUUUUGAUUCGGCCAAAAAAAAAUUUUCUAUUCGAUUUAAUUUCAAUUAAAAUUUUAUUAAUAAAUUAAAUAAAUAUAAUUUUUAUUUUAUUUUUAUUUAUAAAUUCAGUAAAUAGAAAACAAAGUAAUUUCGUCGCUAAUUCCCGAUGUAUUAACGAGGAAAAUUAACGACAAAAUCUCGAGGAACUAUUAACGAGGAUUUUACGUGGAUUCUAUUUCGUAUACUUUACGAUUCAAUUACGACGAAAUAUUUUCGUGUUCUUUACGUUUUUAUUACGACGAAUAUAUUUAGAGGUUUUUGCGGGUCUUUUACGACGAAUCCUUUUCGAGUUUAUUACGAGGAAGCACAACAACCGCGUUACGUGGAAAGCCCACGUGGUCUUUACGAGGAAAACUUAAUUCUUCUUUACGAGGAAAAUAUAACCUCGCUAAUGGACGAGGAAAUGGCGACGAAUCUUCUCUUACGACAAACGUAUAACGACGAAACGCCUUUUAUCGCCAUUUCCUCGUAACUCUUCUUUUACGAGGAAAUAACGACGAUUUUGACCGUCGUUAAAUUUGUGUUUUCUUGUAGUGUUUGUUCAUUUUUUUCCCACUUUCAGGAUACAUCGACGAAGGUGAUGCAACACAUAAAUGUGAGCAUUGUGGGGCUAUCAUGUGGUAUGGUGAAAGCAUAAAGAGGAAGAGAUAUGCCCGUAAACCUAAAUUUUCAAUGUGUUGUGGGCACGGUCAGGUUCAGCUGCCACUGUUAAGAGAUUCCCCCACCAUAUUGAAAAUAUUUUUGACAGAGGAUGAUGAAAUGAGUAGAUAUUUUCGUGAGAAUAUUAGAGUUAUCAACAUGGUUUUCUCAUUUACAUCUCUUGGUGGGAAAGUGGACCGCUCUGUUAAAAAAGGUAUUGGCCCUCAGAUGUUUCAGCUUCAAGGAGAGAACUACCAUUUGAUGGGUAGUCUAAAGCCACCAAACGGUGAACCCAAGUUUGGUCAGCUUUAUAUUGUUGACACAGAAAAUGAGAUAGUCAACCGAUCUGGUAUUCUCGGGUAAUUUUUUGAUUCAUAGUUUAACCAGUUUGAGAUAUGAUUUUCGUUAAUAAAUGAGUUUGAACUAAUCUGGACGACCUCGCGUUUAUAUUUUUCUCAGAAAAUACAAGAAAUCAACUGAAAAAGCAAGGAAAGAUGAACUUAGGAAAAAAAGUUAUACAGGCGUUAAUGGCUAUGCUAGACGAGUGCAACCCCUAUGUCCAUCAAUUUAGAUCAGCACGUGAUCGAUUUGACACUAAUCCUGACCAGACAUUUCAUAUGCGUAUCAUUAGUAGUCGAGAGAAAGAUGGAAGAACAUAUGAUACUCCUACCGCAUCUGAAGUAGCUGCACUAAUUCCUGGAGAUUUCAAUUUGGACAUGGAUAAAAGGAAUAUUGUGUUGCAAGAGAAACAGACGGGAUGGCUUAAGAGGAUUAGUGAAAUUCACCCUGCUUAUCUGGCUCUUCAAUAUCCUCUGAUCUUUACAUAUGGUGAAGAUGGGUUCAGACUUGGGAUUCAAAAGAGGGAAACGGACGCAACAGCAAAGCUAAAGACGAAGGCACUCAGCAUGAGACAAUGGUAUGCGUUUCGUUUACAAGAAAGAGAGAAUGAGUGUAAUACUCUUCUCCAUUCGAGAAGAUUGUUUCAGCAAUUUUUGGUCGAUGGUUAUACAACAAUUGAGGCGAACAGGCUGUUUUACCUUAGAAUGAACCAGAAAAGUCUCAGAUCGGACAGCUAUGACUCUAUCCAACAAGCUGAAAACUCGGGCAAAACAGAUAUGCAUGACCAAGGAAGUCGAUUUGUGCUACCAGCAUCCUUUACGGGAGGAGCAAGACACAUGAAGAAUAUGUAUUUAGUUGCCAUGGCUAUCUGUAAAUAUUUUGGGUUUCCUGACUACUUUAUAACAUUUACUUGCAAUCCUAAAUGGCCGGAGAUCACCAGGCAUCUACAACCCAGAAAGCUUACUGUUGAAGAUAGGCCAGAGAUUCUCUCCAGAAUCUUUAAAAUCAAAUUGGAAUCUCUUAUGACAGAUUUAACAGAUAAACAACUUUUGGGGAAGACAUCUUCGGGUGAGUUAUUCAGUACGAUUUGACCAUUCCUGUUUUUGGUCUGUAAUUUAUCAGUCUAAUUUUUUUAUUUUUUUUGCAGCAAUGUAUACGAUUGAGUUCCAGAAACGUGGCCUACCCCAUGCACACAUUCUGUUAUUCAUGCAUCCUUAUUCCAAGAUUAGAACAAACGAUGACAUUGACAAAAUCAUCUCAGCAGAAAUUCCAGAUAAAGAAAAAGACCCAGAGCUUUAUGAAGUGGUUAAGGACAUGAUGAUCCAUGGUCCUUGUGGAGCUGUUAAUUUAAACUCUCCAUGCAUGGAGAAUGGGCAAUGUUCGAAGCAGUAUCCUAAGCCUCAUGUUGAAAAAACAUAUGUGAACAAGGAAGGAUUUCCAGUUUAUAGAAGAAGGAAAGAGGGGAAUGGAUUUAUAGAGAAAAAAAGGAUUCAAGUGUGACAACACCCAUGUCAUACCUUAUAACAAGGAGUUGUCUCUUCGUUAUCGAGCUCACAUUAAUGUGGAAUGGUGCAAUCUGAAUGGUGCUGUAAAAUACUUAUUCAAGUAUAUUAAUAAAGGCAGGAUCGUGUUACUGUUGCUGUUGAACCUCCGGAUAAUGGUUCGUCGAAAGAAAAUAGUUCUGUACCAGCAGGUGAUUAACGUGCAUUAGAAGUAAUUAUUUAACUGCUGUGAGCAGUGUAUUUUUUUGUAUGACAUUGUCUGCUCUCUACUAACGGAUUUGCUUUAAUGUUUUUCAGAUGUGAGUGCGCCUAAUUCUGAGACUUGCACAAAUGCAGCUUCAAAAGAAGAGAGUAGAAAUGAGAUCAAAUGACUUUUUUAACUGCAGGUGCAAAUUAUUUCGACUCUGUUUUUGCUUAUAUUUCGAUUUUUAAAAUAUUUUAAAGUUAACAUCUAUGACUAUAAUUUUUUUACAGAUAUGUAUCUGCAAGUGAAGGUGGAUGGAGGAUCUUUCAGUUCCCAAUACAUUAUAGAUCAACUCCAGUUGAGAGAAUACAAUUUCACCUACCAGGAAAACAGAUCAUUGUUUUUAAGGAUGAUGACACAUACGAAAAAGUGACCAGCCGAAAUCUCAUUGAAAAUACUAUGUUUCUGGGCUGGUUCGAAUUGUGCAAGGUUAGUGAAGUUGCUCGGACUCUGACUUUAGCUGAGAUUCCAACAAUGUUUACUUGGAAUAAAAAGGAGAAGAAGUUUCAUGAUAGAAAGAAAGGAUUUAGUAUUGGGAGAAUCAAUUAUGCACCACGUAAGAUCGAAGAAGCUUACUACAUGCGUGUCUUGCUAAACAUUGUUAAAGGUCCGUUUGAGGAUAAGGACAUAAGAACUUUCAACGGUGUUGUUUAUGAAACAUAUAAAGAGACAUGUUUUGCAAGAGGGCUACUUGAAGAUGAUCAAGAAUAUAUUGAUGAGCUUGUGAGAACAAGUUUUAUUGGUUCGGCAUCAUACAUGCGCCAUGCAUUUGUGAUCAUGUUAAUGUCUGGUACUUUGUCAAAGCCUGAAGAGGUGUGGGAGAAUACUUGGGAAUUUCUUUCUGAGGACAUUCAAUAUAAACGAAGACAGCAACUGCAUCGACCAGGUAAUAUAUGAUAUUUAU